GGGGGGGGGGGGCAGGACCCUCAAGCUCAUCCCUUUGUGAUAGGUGAUCACUGCUCUAAAGAUGCUUUCUUCUGGUUCAACUGAUUUAAUAAACACAAUACAGGAUUUCUCAUGCUAUAAUGGCCAUGUGUGACUUUCACUUUGACUCGACUGAAUCGCUGCUUUUUUUUUUUUUACAGUUUUAUACGGCUAUGGUAUGUGUGAAUGACUCAUGUGUUCGGUGUUGAAGGGCUUGGGAUUUAUGGUUAUAUAACUGAUCAUGUUACUACACUGAAUGUUAAUGUCAUGUAUAGUCUGUAGAGUAGUUUCAUUACAAAUGAUCACUGACAUGCACGGCGAUUAGCUUUCUCCUGGGUAAAAGGUGACGUCGCAGAAGUCUUUGUCUUCGCAGGUAAGCUGCUUUCUUAAGUCCUGUCCUUUGUAACUGAAAACGUGCAGGUAACUUAAGCAAUAUUCAGUAUUUUUCGGAAGAACUUAACUUCUUUAAUGUAGUUGCUACGUGUAUAACACAUUAGAAAAUUAGUGGAAUAUAUCAGAAUUUACUGUGCAGUUCACAAUAUAAUCAUACCCUCAUACUAUUAAUUGCUUAAUUGGUGUCCCUACUUUUUUUUAUACAACAAGUGCGUUUGAGUAUCUGCCCCGCAAAUAAUCAACGUCCAUCCUGGGUGUCUUCUGUUUUUAGUCUGGCGCUACCCAGAAUAUGCUUUGUGCUCAACCAGACUGCAUAAGUGGAUGUGGAAGACCGAUGGAUGGAUUAUUUGCUGCAUUACAAAUUCAUGAAAGUUUUCAGGGUCGGUAUUUCUGUGGGUCGCGCAAUAAAUUUCGGAACCGGAAGAGGGCGCCGCUCCACGUUACGGAUGCCGUGACGUCAUGCACCAGGGGCAGGACUAAGCAGAGGCGGCCAUCGGCUGUCAGGCAUCUUGUGCCCGGCCUGUCUUCGCCUCUGCGCCGAGCCCAAUCUCCGGAGGCCAUGGAGCCGAAGGGCGGCGCCGUCCUACAUGUUGUGGUGGUGGGAUUUCACCACAAGAAGGGCGGCCAGGUGGAGUUCUCAUACCCCCCGCUUGCCUCUCAGGACGGCUCUGAGCGUGGUGUCCUGCCUGAGGAAUGGAAAUACCUGCCGUUUCUAGCCCUGCCUGAUGGGGCACACAACUACCAAGAAGACACUGUGUAUUUCCACUUGCCGCCUCUGGGGGACGAAGCGGACUGCGUGUAUGGGGUCUCCUGUUACCGGCAGAUUGAGGCCAAGGUCCUCAAGGUCCGCCAGGAGGACGUCACCAGGGAAACCGUGCAGAAGAGCGUGUGCAUCCUCAGCAGGGUGCCACUAUAUGGCCUGAUCCAAGCAAAACUGCAGCUCAUCACUCAUGCCUACUUCGAGGAGAAAGAUUUCUCUCAGAUAUCUAUUUUGAAGGAGCUGUAUGAUCACAUGAACAACUCGCUGAGCUGCAGUAGGACCAUCGAGUCCCAGGUUUACUUGGGUUUGUCACCCACGGAUUUAAUACUUCACUUUCGACAUAAGGUCCUGAUUCUUUUCAAGUUGAUCUUACUUGAGAAAAAGGUUCUUUUUUAUGUUUCUCCAGUCAGCAGAUUAGUUGGAGUCUUGAUGACUCUCUUGUCGCUUUUUCCCGGGAUGAUUGAGCGUGGGCUGACCAGCUGCUCACGCUACAAAUCCAGGGGCAGCGUGUCCCGGGAAGCAGGACCUGAGGAAUUUGUCGCUAUCUCUGCGGAGGAUGUUGCCAGUGGAGAGCUUGAGCCUGGAGAGGACAGCGCCUGUGAGGAGAGGGUACCCCGGAGCUCGCUGGAGCCGGCAGCGAAGGGCUCGCCGGAGUCCUCAGAGAGCGACUGGGAGACGCUAGACCCCAGUGUGUUGGAGGACGAUUCCCAAAACGGCAGCAGGCAGACGGGAUCUUUGGUCACGGCCCAGCCGCAGUCCGCUAGCAGCGAUUCCCCAGACCUGGAAUCUGGGCUGCAAGAGGACCAAUUCGGCCAGCCCCUUGCCAUCUUCACCAAGGGUUACCUCUGCAUGCCGUACAUGGCCCUGCAGCAGCACCACCUGCUGUCAGAUGCGACAGUGCGUGGCUUUGUUGCUGGGGCGACCAACAUCCUCUUCCGGCAGCAGCGGGAUUUGAGCGAUGCUGUGGUGGAUGUGGAGGAAGCCAACAUCUGCGUGCAGGACCUUGAGCUGCGGAAGAUCCUGAGUCUGACCACGGCAGACCUGCGUUUUAUGGACUACCUGGUCCGGCGUGUGACGGAGACACGAGAGAGCGCCCACCUGGGUGGUACCGGCUGGGAGGGAGGGGACGAGUGGAUCCGGGCCCAGUUCAGACUCUACAUACACUCCCUGUUAUGCGCCAGCCAGCACCAGGAAGACAACGAGAAACUGCGGGCUGAUUACGGUGCGUCCUUCGUCUCUGCAUGGAGGGUCACCAACAACUACAGGGUGUGGAGCAGCAAAGUGCGUCCGGCCGUGUCUGAGAUCAGCCCAGGGCAUCCGUUCCAGGGACCAUACAGCGCGGCUGAUGUGAAGCUUAGGCUCUCGCACUCCAUGCAGAACAGCGAGAGAGGGAUGAAACUGGGAAAAGCCAUGAUGAGUACCAGCCAGAGCGUCUACCAGACGGGGAAGGCCGUGGGUGAGGCCAGUCCAUGGGUGGGGCACUUAACAGUGCCAAGUCUGCCGUGUCCUCCUGGUUCUCGUCGCUGACCCAGCCCGCAGCCAUUACCGACGCCAGCGUCGCUGGACCACCAACCCGGAAGCAAUAAUGGCCACCCCCCCCCCCACUCUCUCCUUGAAGCUGAAGCGUCUCCGAGUUCAGCCCCCCGCGAGUAAUGGGGCUGGGUGGUGUGGGAGGCAGUAGGGCACCUGGAAAACAUUUCUCUCUCUCUCUCUCUCUCCCCCCCCUCCCGGCCCCACCCGCUACUCAGAGUGAAAAGGCGUGAUGACAUACAGGGUAGUGCAGGUCCUUAUCAGUGGGGUUUAAACACAUAGGAGGCCCUUCGUGUUGGUAUGAUCCCUGUGUGCCAUUUUCCUGACGGACAUUUCAUGUAAGAUAAAGCAGAAAAUGCACUAAUGUUCCGUAAAUCCAGUGGUGUGGCGAUGGAACGGAACAUCGUCGAUGCGUAUUUCUUCACGAAUGCUGUACGAUGCCUUACGAAGGCUGGAGUCACGGUGACUCUGAGCUCAUUUGCAGGUCUGUGGAAGUUUUGCUUUUAAUGUUAGGUGUGGAUUGAACUAAUGCAAAGUGGGAUCGCUUACUGACGCCAAUAUUACUUAUUUUAUACUUUGAAUCGCUCAGAAAAAAAAAAGCAUGCUAGGUUCUAAGGUCAUCGGUGUUAAGGUAAAUGUUCAAAUAACGGAGUCCUUGGCCCAGAAUGCAGUCUCAGACCAUUAAUGGAUCAUCUUGGUCUUAAAUUGUUCUUAAAUACUGUUAGUCUUGGAUGUUUUAAUGUAUUGCUUAUCCCAGGCUUCUGCUUCUGGUUCAUAGAAAUUGGCUGUGGGUACGGAUUUAGAUUCUACUGGGGAAUUUGAGCUCUUCAAUGAACUUAGUUGAGUGUCCCUAAAAGGCUACACGUUCUGUGGUGUUUGAGGUCAUGGAUGCUGGGGUAGGUGAUUAACCUGAACAGCUUUUGGUAAAUUAUCCAGCCAUACAAGUAAAAUCUGUAAGUCCUGCUUGAUAAAAGUAUCAACUUAACCAGAA